CUCACUAUUCGUCUUUUCUAAUCUUCACUCAAUUUUCUCCCUCUCUCUUUCUCACACACAGGGACACACCAGUUGAAGACCAAAUCGAAGAGCAACGAGGAGCUCUCCUCGUAAACUGGUUGUGGAGUUUUCCAGGGUCUAAUCAUGGAGUUAUAGCACAGGAAGACCUGAGUUUUCUGCCAUUUUGAUUGCCAAAAAAAUAAAAAAAAAUGAAGCUAAGCUUCACAAGUGCAUGCUGUCCCUCUAAUUUCUCAAUUUUUACUAAACCCUCUAUUUGUACUAAUCUUCAUCGGCCAGUUUGCUCUUCUUCAUUAUCCUCCCUACCCACUUCAUUAAAACCUCAAGUUCCGCUCUUUCUAAGACCACCAGUGCACUCAGCUACCGUUCCUGACCUCAGAAACUGGCAUGAUUGGGCCAAAAACCUUGCUUCUUCAGUUGGGACAAGGUUUCUGGACUCAGACAAUGGUCCAGACUCUAGCCUGUUGUCUAGGGAGCUUAAGUGGCUCAUGGAAGAUGCGAUUGAAGAUCACUCGGUAUUUUCCCAAUUGGGUAUUGGAAACAAUCAGACAAAUGUAAGAUUAAGGGCAGGCAUACAGGAGCUUUACAAUCUGUGGAAGCAGAGGAUUGAAGAGAGAAGGCCUUUUCAGUAUGUAGUUGGCUGUGAGCAUUGGAGGGACUUGGUUUUGAGUGUCCAAGAGGGGGUUUUGAUUCCAAGACCCGAGACUGAACACAUUGUUGACUUGGUGGCUGAUGUGGUUUCAGACGAUGAAGGAUUAAGAGAGGGGUUGUGGGCAGAUUUGGGGACUGGAAGUGGUGCACUUGCUAUUGGAAUUGGGAGGAUUUUAGGGAGUUGUGGAACAGUCAUCGCAACAGAUUUAAGCCCUAUCGCACUGUCCGCGGCAGCUUUUAAUGUGCGGAGGUAUGGUCUGCAGGAUGCAAUUGAAUUAAGGCAAGGAUCAUGGUUCAAACCAUUGAAGGAUGUGGAAGGAAAACUUGCUGGUAUUGUAAGUAAUCCACCAUACAUACCGAGUGACAAUAUCCCUGGGCUACAAGCUGAGGUUGGUAGACAUGAACCAAGACUUGCAUUAGACGGUGGUCUUAGUGGAAUGGAUUAUCUCUUCCAUCUUUGCAAUGGGGCUGCGUCAAUGCUAAAACCUGGUGGAUUUUUCAUUUUUGAGACAAAUGGUGAGCAGCAGUGCAGGUGUCUUGUAAAGUACUUGGAAAAUGAUAUGAGAGGCAGCUUCCGCAGUUUGGACAUAGUAUCUGAUUUUGCUGGCAUUCAAAGAUUUAUAACUGGAUUCCGUCAAUGAUAUGUCAAUUAAGGUUAGAAAAGAAAAGGAAAAAAGAAUCCGAAACCUUUCUCCUGCUUUUCAAGAAGCCAUCCUUACGUUUAUGUAACUCUUUACUCAGUUGCAUGGAUAUCACAACCCUCAAGCCCGGCAAGACAGAAUGAAGAAACUUCUCCCAUCCAAUCACUCCUACCAACUUUUCCACAAUUUGUUUCACAAUUACCUUUUACUUAACUUUUUUUUUUUAUUUUUUAUUUUCUUGAAUUUCUGGGGGUAUUUUUGUCUUAUUGAAAAAAAUUGUAAGGUAAUUUUUGUCUCUUUGCUAGGCUUUGGGGAUAUGGACAACUUUUUGAUAGUUUUGGGAAGACAUUGUUCUAAUUGAAAGUUUGAAGAGAAUAUUAUCAAUUGAAUGAUAGUUUGA